AUGGAGUUAGGGAGAGCAUACAGCCGAACGGUCCUUCUGACGAUGAUGAUGUUUAAACUCGGAAUAUUCUGUACAGUGACAGCUGAAAAAUGCUUGUCUUCCCCGUGUCAAAAUGGAGGCACCUGUAUGGACACGAUGGAUGACUACGUGUGUAUCUGCCCUAAGGACCCAGUCUGGUACACAGGCAAAAACUGUGACGUCCUGUACGACGCCUGCACUUUUGUCAACUGUCCGAACUGUAUCAGCACCCCGGGUACUAAUGCGCACAUCUGCCCGUGCGUCGAGGGCUUUGGAGGGCCAAACUGCACUGAGAACAUCAACGAAUGCGAGAGCAACCCCUGCAGGGGUGUCAGGACGCACUGCGUAGACGAAAUUAACGGUUACUCCUGCUACUGCCCCAGCGGAUACGGCGGCGAAAACUGCCAGACGAAGGUACGCGACUGCUCAGACGAGCCUUGCUUUAACAACGCGACCUGCGUGUGGGCGCCGGACGGCUACGAGUGCCGGUGCGCGGCGGGUUUCCGGGGAACGAAUUGCGAGGAGGACAUAGAUGAGUGCCUAUCGCAGCCUUGUAAGAACGGAGCCAUCUGUCAGGACGGCGCGGACAGGUAUCAAUGCUUCUGCGUCCCCGGAUUUCAAGGUUACAACUGCGAGAUUGACAUCAACGAGUGUGCGUCCAGGCCCUGCGAGAACAACGGAACUUGCAUCAAUGGGAAGGACAGAUACACCUGCGAUUGUCUGCCUGGUUUUACUGGGGUGAACUGUGAAACGGAGAUUGACGAGUGUGAAGCCGCACCCUGCCAGAAUGGUGCCACCUGCCUUGACCACAUAGGCCUGUACAUAUGCCAGUGUGUGCCCGGGUACGAGGGCAUUAACUGUGAGCUGGACAUUGACGAGUGUGUCAGUGGGCCUUGCUUUAACGAUGGAGUCUGUGUGGACAUGGUCAAUGGCUAUGAGUGUGACUGCAGUGGCACUGGUUUUGUGGGUGACACCUGUGAAGAGGACAUCCCAGAAUGCUCCUCUGACCCCUGUCACCAUGCCGCCACCUGUCAGGAGGGGGUUAAUCAGUACACUUGUCUCUGCUGGCCAGGUUACACAGGGGAGAACUGUCAGGUGGACAUUGACGAGUGUGAGGCGGGGCCGUGUGAGAACGGCGGAGAGUGUUUCCAGCGUUCGGACCGGAGUCACUACAGAGUCCUGCCCGAGUUAGACCGCGAGUUCACUUACGAGCGUGCGGCCGGGUUCCUGUGUCAGUGUCAGCCUGGAUUUACGGGGGAAAACUGCUCCGUUAACAUUGACGAAUGUGAGUCGAUGCCGUGUGAGAACGGAGGGGAAUGUGUGGACCUGAUCAAUGCAUACCGCUGUGUCUGCUCUCCGGGGUUCACAGGUGUGCUGUGUGAGGUGAACAUUGAUGAAUGCGAGAGUAAUCCCUGUCAGAAUGGUGCGGCAUGUGAGGAUGGCGUUGAUGACUACCUCUGCCACUGCCCGGCUGCUGAAGAGGCUGAUCAGUUACCCUGGGGGGGCCACGACUGCGACACCCCUCUAACCGGCUGUGUGGACAAUCCCUGCCAAAAUGGAGGUACCUGUACGCCCACGUUGCAGGGGGAUGAGCACGGACACGUCUGCCAGUGUCCCCCCGGGUUCUACGACAACGACUGCAGCACGCCCACUGCCUUCUCCUUUUCUGCGGGGGGUUUUGUGGCCAUAAAAGUUCCCCAUAGCAACAGAACCCGGAGAGAGACGGACCCUCAGGGCGUCAGCGUCCAGCUCAGGUUCAGAACCACGCUGCCUGAUCUGAUACUGUUUUACAGAGGCAAUGCUGAGCAUUUCUGUUCACUGGAAAUCAUGGAUGGAGAACUCCACGCGCGAGCAGUAACAGAGGGCGUGGAAUUGAAGGUCCACAUCCCCGGGGCUUUAAACAACGGCCGCUGGCAUGAUGCCCUCGUGGUGUUGGAUGAGAAACUGAUCCUGAGCCUUGUGAAAGAGAACAUCACCGCCGACGAUGGAGAUCACAACCGGCUCUUGCUCUUCCAACCCCAGGCCCUUGAGACGUUGUACGUAGGAGGAGUCCCACGAGAGUAUUUGAACAACACAGUGACCAGGAAGGGAUACAUUGGUUGUUUGGAAGACCUGCUGGUGGACUCUCUGCCUAUUCUCCCCCAAAACAUCUCAUCAGAAAAUGCUGUGGACAUGCAGCUGGGUUGUGACAAGACUGAAUGGUGCCACCCAGAUCCUUGUUCUCAAAACGGCCAAUGUGUAGACCUGUGGACAGAGUACAGGUGCGACUGCUACAGGCCAUUCUAUGGAAACAGCUGUGCUGAAGAGUACACCUCGUGGACCUUCAGUCACGAGCGCAAUAAUAGUUAUGUUGAGUUCCGCAUCACCCAAAAUCAUGGAGAGAACUUCAGCAUAUCGUUUUUCUUGCGUUCACUCAAGAAAGACGGUCUCAUCCUCCAGCUGAAACGAGUUGGCCACGCUUACCUCACGGUCUUCCUAAGAGUUGGAAGGAUACACGUCUCCAUUCACUCGUCCACCAGAGACACCUUGGCCUACGUCAGUGAUGGGGUCAAGCACAUGGUCACCAUGGAGAUGAACCAACGAAUUAUGUACUUUAACAACGGCUCUGUGCUCUUCCGUCUGGUGGAUUUCACAGACAUCAGUGUAGAGGAAGGAGAUGUGGUUUAUGUUGGUGGUCUUCCAGCGAGAGAAGAUAUCUCGCGUUGGGGUGGAUUCUUCAAAGGCUGUCUUCAAGAUAUCCGCCUGGACAACACUCAGCUCUAUGUCUAUCAGAAUAACGUCGCCCUAAAACCACAGUACUCAAGAUAUUUACCAAGAGCAGUAUCCCACGUGCACGAAAACUGUAUUAGCGACAAUGUUUGCAGGGCGAAGCCCUGUCUGCAUGGAGGGGAAUGCCAGGUCACCUGGAACGACUUUGUCUGCUUGUGCCCACCCGGCUUCACGGGGAAAACGUGCGAAACUCGUGUGUGGUGUGUUAGCGACCCGUGCGUCAUGGGGAGUGUUUGUGUUGACCUAUGGGAUGGAUAUGAGUGCCUUGCCAACGCCACUUUCCAGAACAAUGCUCUGCGGUACACUGGCGGUGGCUCCUUGUCUGAGACCGUUGACAGUGUUUCCGUGGAGCUACGCACACGGGAGGAGAACGGUGUGCUCCUACGCGCCUCCAAUGGCCUGGAUCUCUUUUGCAUGGGCCUGUUCAACUCCUCUCUGCUGGUGAAACUGCGUAGUGGCAACAGUCUAGAGACGCUCGCUUUGACCAGCAACUUGCCCCUCUCUGAUGGGACCUGGCACAGAGUAGAGUUUCGCAUGGCUGAUCCCAGCCUCCCUGCGUCUCGCUGGCAUCUCGCUGUGGACGGGCAGACAGUGGAAACCAGCCUGGUUACCAUGGGCAACUUGGACUUCCUUAGCCACUCCACUCUGUUCCUGGCCGAGAACUACACCGGUUGCUUGGGUGACGUGAGGGUGGGUGGGGUAUACUUGCCGCUGGCUGGGGACAAGGAGGAACCUCAGGCAGCACGUUUUAGCCUGCUUGACGGGAUCAGACCCCACCUGGGGUGCAGAGGUGCACCUCUGUGUCAGUCCCAACCCUGCCAGAACAACGGCUCAUGCCAGGAUCUCUUCAACCAGUACAGCUGCAACUGUGCCCCAGGCUGGGAGGGAGAGUUCUGCCAGAACAAUGUGGAUGAGUGUGCUUCAGGGCCCUGUGCCCAUGGAGUCUGCAGAGACCUGCUGGCAGACUAUGAAUGCGAGUGUACCCCAGGCUAUGGGGGCAAGAACUGCCAGGAGGAUCUGAAUGAGUGCCUAGAGCACAGCUGCGAGAACGGAGGCUCCUGCCAAGACGCAGUGGGCACUUACACCUGCCUGUGCCCGCCUGGAUACACCGGACCGCUCUGCCAAUGGCCUUUUCCUCCUCCGCUGUGUGAAGAAGAUGUGAAAUGUGAGAAUGGAGGAGUCUGCACUGAUGAAAUCUGGGGGCCAAACUGCACCUGUAAGCCUGGCUUCAGUGGAAACAGGUGUGAGACAGACAUAGACGAAUGUGCGUCCAGUCCCUGUCUGAACAACGCCACCUGUAUGAACCGGGUGAAUCACUUUGAAUGCAUUUGUGUGCCUGGAUACAUCGGGCAGACCUGUGAAAUAACCAGGCAGCACCAGAGGGAUCAUUUGCCAUGGUUGGUGUUGGCCAUCCCCCUGGUUUGUCUGGCUGCCGUGCUUGCAGUGGUUGGGCUGACUUGCAUGGUUCUAACCGCUCGUAAGAAACGCCAGUCUGAGGGCACGUACAGCCCAAGCCAGCAGGAGGUGGCAGGGGCAAGGCUAGAGAUGGACAGCGUGCUCAAAGUACCACCUGAGGAAAGACUCAUCUGA